AUGGAGGAAGAGAUGAAGGAGAAGAUCAAGAAGACGGUGCUAGAGAUUCUGAAUGAAUCGGAUAUGGCAGAGAUGACAGAGUUCCAGGUCCGUAAACUCGGUUCGGAGAGACUCGGCGUCGAUCUCUCUGAGAAAUCUCACAAGGCUUAUGUGCGAAGCGUCGUGAAUUCGUUCCUCGAUGAACAGAAAUUGAAAGAAGCUGAGCAACCGGAGAAGGAUGAAGAAGUAGAAGCCGAAGCAGAAGAAGAAGAUGGAGCUAAGGAGGGAGCUCGUAAAGGAAACAAAGAGUUCGACGAUGCCGGAGAUCUCAUCAUUUGCCGGCUUACGGAUAAGAGAAGAGUGACGAUU